GAGAAAGAGAGAGAGAGAGUGAGAGAAAGAGAAAGAGAAAGAAAAAGGGAGUCCCCACAACUGUCUGUCCCCGCUGCCGGACAAAACUGCCACCGCCAAUAAUGCUUGGGACCUUGUAAACCAGACAACCCUCUUUCUCUCUCUCUCUCUCUCUUCCCUGCAAAGUCUCACCAACUCUCUCAGUUUCAAGUAUAGCUGAUAUUAUAUCUUCAAACUCAUUUGAGUAAUUUCCACCCUUCGUUUCUUACCACAUCCUUUUUCUGUUUCCAUUUUCUUUACCAUUGGAUUACGGAUUACCCCAUCUUCAGUACCUCUCUGAGCCCUAUUUCUAGUUCUUGUUACCCUCUGUGUGUGUGUGUGUGGAUGUGUGAGUUCUUCAAAGCAAAAGCAUUUAAUAUAUUCCAUAUGAGAGUAUCUCGGUAGCAGCAGGAACAAAGGAAUAUAUUGUGCGGUAGAUAUGGGGUCUCCUUCUGCUUCUUGGGGGUUACAUUUAUUGCAAUUGUUUCCUUAGUAUAAUAACUAUGGAAUGUUGGUCACCGAGGGAGAAAGAGAGAGAAUUUAAGGCAAUCUUCAACAACUGUUCAGCUCAAAUGGAGGGGCUCCAAGGACCUGUUACUCCCUCUUUCUUUGGGGAACAUUCGGGCGUGGCUUGUUUGGAGCAAGAAUUUGUCAUCACUACAGAAACCUUGAAAUUUGAGGAAGAAGCACACUUCUCAACCCCGAUGUUAGAGGACACGAUUCCAUUUCUUCAGAUGCUGCAAAGCGUGGGAUCCCCACACUUUUUGCCCUUCAAAGAGCCCAGCUUUCAGACACUGUUGAGAUUGCAGCACCUUAAGAAGCCUUGGGAGAAUUACACUCACAUGCCUGAAAUGGAAACCCAAAUUCAGGCCAUAGAGCUUGAGAGCUGCGUCACCCAUGACAUAGUGGAGCAGCAAUAUUCACCAGUCAAAUCCGAAACCAUGGACCUUCAAAACCCACCUUCGGCUUCACGUGUACCGGUCACCGGCCGGGAACGAAGAAAGAGAAAGCGGACAAGGCCGACCAAGAACAAGGAAGAAGUAGAGAGCCAGCGCAUGACCCACAUUGCGGUCGAACGCAACCGGCGACGGCAAAUGAACGACCAUCUCAACGUCCUCAAGUCCCUCAUGCCCGCGUCCUAUAUUCAAAGGGGUGACCAAGCGUCUGUCAUCGGAGGUGCAAUAGACUUUGUGAAGGAACUGGAGCAGCUACUCCAUUCCCUUGAAGCGAAAAAGAGAAUGAGAAAAAAUCAAGAAGCGGGCGACGGCGACGGGGACGGCGUCCGCUCCGCCGUGGAUGUUUCCUCCGACGGUACUCUGUUUAUGUCUCCGCAAUGUAGAAUUGGAUCGGAGGAAGGCAACUACGGGGAGGAGGUGAAGGCGGAGAACAAGUCCGACGUGGCUGAGAUAGAGGUGACUGUGAUUCAAACCCAUGUGAACUUGAAAAUUGAAUGCCGGCGGAGGCCGGGGCUGUUGCUGAAAGCCAUCGUUGCACUGGAGGAUCUUCGGCUCACAGUUUUGCACCUCAACAUCACCUCCUCAGAUUCCUCAGUUCUUUACUCUUUCAAUCUCAAGAUAGAGGACGAGUGUAAGCUAGGAUCCGCUGACGAGAUAGCAUCCACCGUUCAUCAAAUAUUAAGCUUCAUCAACGGCAGCUGAUUGUUCAAAGAGAUUCCUCACGAAAAGAGAGGCACCUCCAAUUCCAUUGUCCUCAUCUCCUAGGCUGUGAGUGAGUUGUAUCAUAGGGGAAGGAAGGCGCAGGACAGAACACAUGCCUAUUUUGAUGUUUACUGCCAUAACUCGAAAAGCUUCCAUGUUUUUAAUUUUAACUAAUUACAAAUAAAUGUCUAUUUUUAUUUUUAUUUAUAUGUAUAUAUAUAUAUAUAUUUAUUUUA